CCAAGAAACCACAAAUCGUUUACGGAAUCUCCCAUCAUUUGUUAUUCUACCUCCUGAUGUACGCCCUCGCGUUCCAUUGGUGGUGUUGAAGAAAACAAUUGCUCUACUCUAACCCUCUCUUUUUGAAAUUCCAACACUAAUUACAAGUUGCCCACUCCUACUCCUCUACUAUGCUCUAUAUAAAAGAGCUAAACAAGCAGCUGAGAACAAGAAGCAGGUAAAAAUAAUCUGAUGGCAAACACAGAGCAGGUGAAGCUUUUGGGGUUCUGGGCUAGCCCCUUCGCUCGCAGGGUAGAAUGGGCUUUGAAGCUUAAGGGUGUCGAUUAUGAGUACAUAGAGGAAGAUAUAUUCAACAAGAGUUCUCUGCUCAUGGAGCUCAAUCCUGUCCAUAAAAAAGUUCCGGUGCUUGUGCAUGGCCGGAAAGUGAUCGCCGAGUCAUUUGUUAUUCUUGAGUUUAUCGAUGAGACAUGGAAACAAUGUCCACUGAUGCCUCAAGAUCCUUACGAAAGAGCCAAGACACGGUUUUGGGCUAAAUUUGCUGAAGAGAAGAUUCUGGAUGGUGCAUGGAUUGCAAUGUGCUCCCUGGGAGAGGAGAAGGAGAAGGCAAUAAAACUGGCCGUUGAAGCCAUUGAAAAGAUAGAGGGAGAGCUCAAAGGGAAGCAUUUUUUUGGAGGAGAGAACAUUGGCUACCUGGACAUUGCAAUGGGAUGGAUGUCUUACUGGCUGCCAGUGUGGGAAGAAGUUGGGUCCAUGAAGAUAGUAAAUCCUCUGCAAUUUCCAGCAACAACUUCAUGGAUGAACAAGUUUCUCGACCAUCCUGUGAUCAAGGAAAACUUACCACCUCGAGACAAGAUGAUCAUUUAUUUCCAGAAUCGAAGCACAGAGCUUGCUUCCAGGCCUCAUGACUGGUUUCGGACUUGAUGGCCAUUGGCUAUAUAACUAUGCUUGUUUCCCUAUCAGAAUAAAUUUAGAGCUGAAUUGUAUUAUGCUAUACAAGUUGAAUAAAGGGGCAACCUCACUUUAGUCCCUUACUUGUUACCCAUUUCUCAAUUACAUCCCGGCCUAUUUUCUAAUCAAAUCUAUCCUUUUAGAAAUCCUCAA